UUUGCAGCGGAAUACUAAUUAGAUAAAAAACAAUGACAAUAAUAUUGAAAUCCAGUCGAAUGUUAUCGACAAUUUUAUUCCGUUGUAACUAUAGUACAGCACCGAAAUCGGUAUCCACUAUGCUUAUAAACAACAAAGAAUUCGAAACCGACGAGUACACUAACAUAACACCGAAGAUAAUAUCGUAUUUGAAUCAAAAUUUGCAUUUACGAAAGGAUAACCCCAUAUCGCUAGUUCGGAAAAGCAUCGUUAAUUAUUUUUAUAAAUCAUUUACAAGUAGAGGUAACCCAUCAUUCAGUGUUUACGAGAACCUGUCUCCUAUAGUUACAACGAAGCAAAACUUCGAUGAUUUAUUGAUACCAAAAGACCAUAUUAGCAGAUCAAAAUCUGAUUGCUACUAUAUAAAUAAAGAUGUAUUGUUACGAGCCCAUAUGACGGCGCACCAGGGCGAUCUGCUUCGUGCUGGUUUGGACAACUUUCUGAUGAUUGGAGAUGUUUAUAGAAGGGAUGAAAUUGAUGCUACACACUUCCCUGUUUUUCAUCAGGUUGAUGCAGUAAGAACACAACGUAAAAAAGACUUAUUUGGAGAAAAUUCAGAACUAGAAAUAUUUGAGCCAACAUUUGACCCAAUCCACCCCCAACGAUACACCAAUUCCAUCGCAGACCCAAUGAAACAAAGCUGUCACACAUUGGAAGCUACAAAAUUAAUGGAGACACAACUUAAACAGCACCUUAUUGGUCUCGUCCAGACUUUAUUUGGUGAUGAUAUACAACACAGAUGGGUUGAAGCGUACUUCCCUUUCACUCACCCGUCUUGGGAAUUAGAAAUCUUCUACGAGGACAAUUGGUUGGAGGUCCUAGGCUGUGGAAUAACCCGUAAUGAAAUUUUAGCAAAUGCUGGACCAAACAAUUCAAUUGCAUAUGCGUUUGGAUUAGGAUUGGAACGUCUUGCUAUGGCAUUGUACAAAAUCCCAGACAUAAGACUGAUGUGGAGUUCGGAUUCUGGGUUUAUAAGUCAGUUUCAGAAUAAAACAAAUUAUGAUACAAUAACAUAUAAGCCUGUUUCUGUGUACCCGCAGUGUGUGAAUGAUAUAUCGUUCUGGUUGCCACCGAAUCUUACUAUUGAUUCAUUUACUAGUAACGAUUUCUAUGAUCUAGUCAGAGAUAUUGGUGGAGAUAUUAUUGAGCAGGUGAAACUAAAAGACAAAUUUGUCCACCCAAAGUCAAAGAAACAUAGUCUCUGCUACACCAUCAUUUACAGACAUCUUGAGAGAACGCUGACGCAGCGUGAAGUCAAUGAGGUUCAUAAACAAAUUGAAAAAGCUGCCAGUCAAACUUUUAAAGUUGUUAUAAGAUAACUUAGCAGUUUUUAAUUUAAUUUAUUAUGUUGUUUAAUUGUCGAAUUUGUUUGCAUAAAUGGUUAGAGAUUUUUUUGUCUGAGCUUUAAUAAGGACUCGUUAAAAGAUUUGUAAGGCUCAAUUUAUACUGGUGCGGAACGGAAUGGAAGCGAAUUUCUGUAAAGUUAUUGUACGUAGCAUAAUGAACUUUAUGGUCAAUUGUGUAAUGUACAAACUAGAUACGAGCCAGAAUGUUCCUCUGAAUGCACGAACAUUCUGGAGCAUUCGCCGCAAUAUAAAUUGAGCCUAAGUGUAGGUUGCGUGUGGUCAUUCCGUUUAAACUUAAUCUCUUUUACAGUUUGUGCGACUUCUUUAACAUACCCAGGUAAAUACGACAUUCUCAACUAAAUAUUAUAUCUUGUAUUUAGAAACUCAGCCAUAGAGCGAUGCCACACGGACGCUGCCGGUUCGUUGUUGCCUCGUCACAAUGCUUUGAUUUCAACGCACUGCAACGUAACGCUUCUUAAGGCGCUUUUUCGGAGGAUUGUUUGUUUGGCAAAACCGCGUGAUACUAAUUCUUCUUCCGUUAACAUAUUUAAUAAUAAUUACGAUACGAUAGCUUGUUUACCGCCAAACGAGCUGAACGGCACUAAAUUGUCAUGCACAAGCGAGCCCGCGCGAGCUAUUAAUGGUAGUUUUUGGUGGAAAUGGACCGGCGAGAUAACAAUUCUCGUGUCACCUCGCUGGUGGAAAAUCGCCUUUACACGGACCGCAACACCCCUCCCUGCUUCGUCUUGUAUCAUGCAGUUCCAAUUUAUAUGUAGUACAAAGCAGCGCCACCGCUCAGGCGUCACAACGCCGACGCAACGCAUCGUAUGGCAUUACUCUUAUUCAAUAAUGACGAGUACAAUGUCCCGGGGACGGAAUCGAACCGAUCGGGUUGUCUCGAAAUCAGAUGGGUUUCCGAGCGAGAAGAUGAAUUUCUUACUAUAUCUUUCUAAUUUGUGAGUUAAAUCAACUAUUGUUCCGAUUUGAAAUGUUAAAAGUUUCCGAUCGGCCAGUUGUGAAUCGCAAUUAUGCGCCUCGGCUCUGAAGAGACGCUGUUUCCGAUCGGGAGAGGCAAUCAAAAUCAAGCUGCUGGCCUUGGAUACACUUGCCAGUGUUUAUAGAAAUGUCGCCCGUAAGCUAAAGAGAUGGUGGUGGAUAACUUACGUAUGACAACUGCGUCAUACGCAAACCAUGCACUGGAUGUUACAUCAUCUCGUCUGCAACCAGUACGUUUAGAUUUGAUUUUGUUCUUUGCACGAAAAAACUGUGAACGUAGUGUUAUGCACUUAGGCUUCUACUUCUUUCCAAAGUAAUAUAAGCGCCUUGGCAAUAUCGAUACUUUAUUGCGAUAAUCACAAUUCGCCGUGUCCCAUAACAAAUUAUCAUUCUGGUAAAGUUGUAUCAGUAAUAGUGGUUUCUUUUCCCCACACUACAGACAUGUUGUGGGUCACUUUGCGCACACGACUACACUCUGCAACAAUGAAAGCGGCAUUGACGCGCAGCACGUGUUUUCGCUCUCGGAGCGGGACGUCACGUAAAUACGUCGCAAAAUAUUGCAGAGACACGUAGAUUCACUAUUGCGCGUCGUGUUGGGGGAUAUUUUGCCCCCUAGUGUAUCCAAACCUUAAUUCGUCCAAUACGCAUUUAUUGACAUUUUAUUUUAUAUAUUAUUUUCGAAUAGAAAUUAGUAUUGUUUUCAUUAUGUAAAAUAUGCAAUGUAAUAUGUGUAUUGUUAUGUACAGUUUAUGACAAAAAUAUAAUAAAUAAAAGAACU